AGCAACCAACACUCACCACCACCAUAUUCCCUUUCACACUUUUUUCCAAUUCCUUCCCUCAAAUUUUGACAAUUCCAAAUAAAAAUCCCCAAUUCCAAUCACGCAUAGCAACUGUUGAUGACCAAUUCAUCAUCCAUGGACCCGUUUGGCGAGCUCGGUGUCGACAUUUCUCCCUCGGAGCUCCGGGAAAUCGCUUAUGAAAUCCUCGUCGGAGCGUGCCGGAGCUCGGCCUCCGGGAAGCGCCUCACUUACGUUUCCAGCUCGAAUUCCAAGGAGAGGAGUCAGCAGCCGCAGCAGAAGUCGGCUGCUAGCAAAGUGAAGAAGGCUCUAGGCCUCAAGUCUAAGAAGAAGAAGAAAAGCGGCGGCGAGGAUGAAUUAGAUAGGAAGAGUGUCGGCGAGCUCAUGAGGGUUCAGAUGAGGGUUUCGGAGCAGACCGAUUCCAGAGUCCGACGUGGCUUCUUGCGAUUGGCUGCCGGUCAGCUCGGAAGGCGUAUUGAGUCAAUGGUUCUGCCGUUGGAGUUGCUGCAGCAUUUCAGGUCCUCAGAUUUCGCUAGUGAACGGGAGUACGAGGCGUGGCAGAGAAGAAACUUAAAAAUCCUUGAAGCAGGACUCCUUAUCCACCCGCAUGUUCCUCUUGACAAAUCACUUACUGCCCCUCAACGUCUUCGGCAUAUCCUACGUGCUGCGUCUGAUAAACCCAUUGAUACAGGCAAGCACAGUGAAUCGAUGCUUGUUCUCUGCAACAUUGUCACCUCUCUAGCUUGCAGAUCAUUUGAUGGUUCUACAUCUGAUAUUUGCCAUUGGGCUGAUGGGAUUCCACUAAAUCUCCAUCUUUAUAAGAUACUGAUAGAAUCCUGCUUUGAUGUAAAUGAUGAGACAUCAGUUGUUGAAGAACUUGAUGAUGUAUUGGAUCAAGUAAAGAAGACCUGGGGGAUCCUUGGGAUAGAUCAGAUGUUUCACAAUCUCUGUUUUUUGUGGGUUUUAUUCCGCCAGUAUGUUGCUACUGGUGAAACUGAAAACGACCUUCUCUUUGCCGUUGAUCAUAUAAUGGUGGAAGUGGUCGAGGAUGUCAGCCUAGCUCAUGAUCCUAAAUACUCAAAGAUAUUAACUUCGACACUAAAAUUGACACUAGAUUGGGCAGAAAAGAGACUUGGUCGAUACCAUGAAUUUUUUCAUAGGGUUAACAUAGAUGUAAUGCAAAGUGUUUUGACCAUUGGGGUAUCAGCAGCGACUGUAUUGGUGGAUAUAUCUCAUGAAUAUGGCAAGAAGAUGAAGGAAGUUGAUGUGGCAUGCAGCAGGGUUGAUGCACAUAUAAGGUCGUCAGUGUGCAAUACCUUUUCUGAGGAAAAGGAGAAGCUCAUUGCAAGCAGGAAGUCCUCCAAGAAUCAGCAAAGUCACCUCCCUCUUCUUUGCGUUCUAGCCCAAAAUGUUUGUGAUAUUGCAUUCAAUGAGAAGGAAAUAUAUAGUCCUAUACUGAAAAGAUGGCACCCUCAUGCCACAAGUGUAGCUGUCGCUACUCUGCAUGCCUGCUAUGCAAAAGAGCUCAAGAAAUUUGUUUCCAAUAUAAAUGAAUUAAACCCUGAAGCUAUACAAGUGCUGCUAGCUGCGGAAAAACUUGAAAAAGAUCUAGUGGAAAUGGCAGUUGCUGAUUCAUUGGACAGUGAAGAUGGUGGAAAGUCAACCAUUCAGGAGAUGGCUCCUUACGAAGCUCAGGCUGUGAUUACCAACUUAGUGAAAUCUUGGAUACAGACUAGACUUGACAGGCUAAGGGAAUGGGUCGACCGAAAUUUGCAACAAGAGGAAUGGAAUCCUCAAGUAAAUAAAGGGCGCUUCGCACCAUCUGCUGUAGAAGUUCUACGGAUUGUUGAUGAGACUUUGGAAGCAUUCUUUUUGCUUCCAAUACCAAUGCACCCAGUUUUGCUUCCCGAGUUGAUUGGUGGUUUAGAUAAAUGCCUCCAGAAAUAUAUCAUAAAGGCAAAAUCUGGAUGUGGUUCUCGUGUUUCUUUCAUUCCGUCACUGCCAGCGUUAACCAGAUGUGCUACUGGUUCAAAAUUUAGGGCGUUUAAGAGGAAAGACCGGUCAAUUUUGGGUCCAGGUAGGAAAUCCCAGGUCUCUAACAGAGACGGAGACGAUUUAUUUAGCGUGCCACGACAGUGUUUUCGUAUUAACACUCUGUACAACAUCCGCAAAGAGCUGGAAGGCCUUGAGAGAAGGAUGGUGGCCAACCUGAAAAACAGUGGAUUUGCUCAUGAUGAAAAUGCUGGAAGUGGGAAUUUCAGCCUCUCUGUAGCUUCGAGCAUGGAAGGGAUCCGGGAAUUGUCUGAGGCAAUAGCAUACAAAGUGGUUUUCCAUGAUCUGAGUUACCUUCUCGGUGACCACCUAUAUUUGGGGGAAGUUUCCUCAUCCAGAAUUGAGCCUUUCCUCGAGGAGCUGGAGCAGAAUCUUGAAAUAAUAUCAGUCACAGUCCAUGAUAGAAUCCGGACACGUGUGAUUAUUGACGUGAUGAAGGCUUCUUUCGAAGGAUUCUUGCUGGUUCUGCUUGCUGGAGGACCUUCUCGUGCUUUCAGCAUGCAGGAUGCUCGGAUGAUAGACGAGGAUUUCAAGGCUCUUAGCGAUCUCUUCUGGUCGAAUGGAGAUGGUUUGCCAGCUGAUGUGAUUGAUAAGGUCUCAGCUGCUGUGAAAGGAGUUCUUUCUCUUUUCGAAACAGGGACCGAGAGCCUUGUGGAGCAAUUGAAACAUGUGACUCGUGGCGGUGAUGAUGUUUCGGCAGCCAAGUGGAGACCUCCUUUGCCUCCCACAACAGGCCAGUGGAGUGCUAAUGACCCAAACACAAUUGUAAGAGUUUUGUGUCAUCGCAAUGAUAAGAUAGCAUCAAAGUUUCUCAAGAAAACCUUCGACUUGCCUAAAAAAACUUGAGUCUAUGGAAACACCAAGAUGGCUGCUUUUCUUGUGUGCUUUAUUUUGUAUAGCUUUAAUACUUGUAAAUUAUUUGGAUUUCUUUUUUCUUCCAAUUUUUAGUGGAAACAAAGUGUGAUCCGUGUGUUGUUGGUGACAAUAGAGCCUCACAAUGAAAUUAAAUUAUUAACAUUAUUCAUUACAA